AAAAUAACAUAAAAUGCCAUCUAAACCCUUUUGCAGUUCUUAUUCGCAAAAUCUGGGAUUUAGGUUUUGUAGUUCUUAGAGAGAGAAGAAAUGGGUAGGAGGAUAUUGAAUGAUGCGUUGAGGGCAAUAGUGAAUGCUGAGAGGAGAGGGAAAGCUUCUGUGGAGUUGCGACCCAUCUCUACUGUCAUGUCUUCUUUCCUCAAGAUCAUGAAAGAUCGAGGAUAUAUAAAAAAUUUUCAAGUUCAGGAUCCACACAGAGUUGGGAGGAUAACAGUUGAACUACAAGGCAGGAUAAAAGAUUGUCGGGCACUCACUUACAGGCAAGACAUCAAGGCAAAGGAUAUAGAAGCAUACAGGUUGCGAAUACUUCCCACUCGUCAGUAUGGUUAUGUCGUGAUAACUACACCAGAUGGUGUAUUGGACCAUGAAGAAGCAAUUGGUCGGAAUGUGGGUGGUCAGGUUCUUGGUUACUUUCACUAGAUGCCUGUACUGCCCCUGAACACUUCUAGGAGGUCGAUGGACAAAACGUGUAAUGUCUGCCGUUCAUCAAGUUAGAAAAUUUUGUAUCGAACUGUGAUGAAUGGGAGAAAUGACUUGUUGAUGAAUCUCUCCAGUAAUUGAGUUGUCAAUGAAUGACUGUGCAGAGCUGAUCAUACCUUCCAAAUUGUUGUUUGUUAUCCAUGACUCUUGUCUGCAAUUCCUCGGAGGACGAACAAACUAGUGCUAGCAAUUGUGGUUUUAUCAGCAUUUGUUGUGUUUGCCACAUAAAAUGAGAAGGGGCAAGAUUUGGUCCAUCAGUGUUCCUUCUUGUAAUGCAAAAAGUUAAAUUUCGAUCUGUUA